ACGUUUGGGUAAAACGGAAACAGUUAAACUGGUGGCAGAAAUAUUUUCCGUAAAGUUCUCUGGUGUUGACGAGUGCUUUUCGAAUUUUAAAAUAAUACCGAUACAAUGGCGUCGGUGCCGUUAAUAUUAUAAUCAGAAUCAGAAAGACGACUGCGCAGAAAACAUUCGGCUUUGAGAAUAAUUGUACGUAAUACACGCAUAAAUUUAGGUUUCCGAAGGCAAAGUUUUUCACAUUUUAAACACGUUAUAGCUACCACGCUACCAGAAUCAAAUUUCUAAGGCGGUAUCUCCAAUUGCGUGAUGAUGAUGAAGAUUUACUUUUCAUUUCCUUCGAUGAGACAUGGAUAUAUCAAAACGGAUCUGUGGUAAAAUCGGCCGUGGGUAAAAUUGUGGAUACAUGAUGAUGACAUCAAAUCUUGUCCUCCUAAAAAAACUAGUGAAGGGAAAAGAUUCACAAUUUUACAUGCGGGUUCCUCUUUGGGCUUUUAGAGGGAUGUAAUUUUCUCCUUGAUUCAAAAAUAGAUUCAGCAGAUUACCACAAAACCAUCACAUUUUCGAUGUUUGACAUUUACUUACUUACAUGUCACAUUUUUGAUACCUACUUUCUGAUACAUUAUACACUAGAACAAUUAUGUCCGCAGUUACACAGCUUAAAAAAAAAAGUUACCAAAUCUAGUUACAUCUACCGAACGUGAAUUCCUUAUAAACAAUUUCAACUGAAAAGCUGCAUUUUGAAACACGAUUUUGUGCGGAUGGUGAAAACUAAAUCAAUUUUAAAAUUAUUUAUGAACUGAAUAACCACGACAAUGACUGACAAAGUUAAUGAUACUAUUAUAAAAAUGGUAACGAAUUUGAAGCCGAGUGUGGAUUUGGAAGUCAACAAUUUCUCCUGUGGCACACCUCUGAAACGUUCAUCCAGUUCAGUUUCAAAUGAUAGUCAAACCAGUUCUGAAGAAUCUACAAGGAUUAAAAGGAUGAAGUACGCAAAAGAAAUGAAUUUUGGGUAUAUGGCGUCACCGCGAGAAACGAGACGUUUAAGAACUGAUUUACUAGAGGGUCGAAACACUAUAAUGAAUUUAGAAAGUAGAAUCCAACAUAUGCAUAACGUUAGAAAAGAAAUGGAAAUAAUGUAUGAAAACGAAAGUAAAUUACUUAAGAAACAACAUGAAAGUGACCGAAAAUCAAUCGAAGAGUUGGAAGCGCAAUUACAGUCAAUACGACAAAGAGAGGCUGAUCUUAAGAAACAACUUGCUGAUGUAAAUAACAAGUACAGUAUGUUGAAAGUACGAAAAGACGAGGAGAUUGAAGAAUUAGAGAAGAGUCUUACUGAAAUGAAGGAAGAAUCACGUUUGUUUGAUGGUGAAGAGAAUGCAGAAAUUAUAUUAUUAAAUCGCAAAUUAGCAGAACUGCAAAUGAUGCUAGAUGCAGCCGAGGAGGAUGCAGAGGCACAAAAAAAGCUAGUUUUAGAAUUAGAAAAGCGUCUGACAGAAAAAAGCGUCACGGAGAGGGAAUUAGAAAGAAAAGAUCAAGCAUUACAAGUUGCACUUCUAAAAAUCAAGGAUCUGGAGUAUGCCAAAGAAAAUUUUUUGGAGUUUCAAGACCAAGCAAAGACACAAGUACAAAAAUUAGCAAACUACGUUGAUUUGGAGAAGGACGUUGAAAAACUUAAAUGUGAAAACGUAAGACUAAAAGAUGAAGUUAAAAAUAAAUUAUUGUUGGAGGAAGAGGUUCAUGAUUUAAAAUCUCGGCUUACUCAUUACAAGGAACAAGAAAAAAGAAUUGCGGCUUUACAGGCUGAACAAGUACAAACUCAAGUGUACUUAAAUGAAUGGAGAUCAGUGGCUCGUGGAAUUUGUGAAGUAACAGGAUCAGACUCAUCAUUGCCCCAUCUGCUCAGAUGUGUAGUUGAAAGACUGCAACAACAAGAAAUAUCUUUGACUUCGUCUAAAGUUGAGUUAGAAUCACAACUAUCGACGGCUUUAUAUGAGCAGAAAGUGGCCAAAACGGAAUUAGAAAAGUCGCAGAAACUCCUGGUAGAAAUGAAGAAAACAAUUGAACAGAAGCAGAAUCUUUUCCAUCGAAUGCAGAAGAAACUUGGGCUUGUCAGUCGCGAACGAGAUAGCUACCGUUUACAGCUGGAUUCGUAUGAAAAAGACCUCACAAUGGCUAUCAAUCCACCUUCAAAUGCACCACAUACAAGUCAACUGCAAUCACAAAAAGAAAGAAUCGAGUCUUUAGAGAAAAUUGUUGAUAAUUACAGAGAACUGAAUGCUAAAUUAGAAAGUGACUUGCAGAGUAGUAACCCGUCUUUAUAUUCUGAACAUGGAACAAAUAAGACAGAACUUCUUGUGAAACUGCAAGAUGAAGUAGAGCAGUUGAAGUUGGAGAAUGAUAUGUUGAAACAGAAACGCGAUCAACUGGAAAUUCAGUUAGAAGGUCUUCUAGUGGGGCAAGACACACUCCAUGGUGGUAAAGUGUAUCAUUUGGGGAACAAUCCGCUGGCUGAAUGCUUAGCGCAAAGGGAGCAGUUAGUGGAAAAGUUGGAACAAGAGGUGGAAAGGCUAAAGAUCAAGAUUAAAAAACUAGAAGAAGGAAUUGAAUCCAGCAAACUUGGUGAAUCAGCUUUGUGUCCAGAAGAAAUCCACACCCUAAAAGAACAAAUAAAAACUCAUGAGUCUCAAACGCAACGGCUCAAGGAUUAUUUUAAAUCGUCUCUGCAUGAAUUCAGAAAUGUUAUUUACAUGUUGUUGGGUUACAAGAUAGAUCGAACUUCGACGUCGCUGUACAAGUUGACGAGUAUUUAUGCAGAACGGGCUGAAGAUCAAUUAUGCUUCCAAUUAAAUAAUGAAGGAAAUCUGAAUUUACUGGAGAAUGAAUUCAGCUCGACUUUGGAGGAAAUGGUCAAUUUACAUUUACGCCACCAAAAAUCGAUUCCAGUGUUUUUGAGCUCCCUGACUAUAGAUUUGUUUAACAACAGUACAAUGGCAACUAAAACGUUCGAGAUAGAAUAAACCGAUUUGUGUGUUUGAUGCAUAAUUAUAUUAAUAUAGGUUUUUCAAUGUCAUGUCAAUACUGCUCAUGAAGUUUUUAUUUUACUUUAUUUAACCUAAGUUAUAUAGUGUAGUAUAAUUAUUUUUAAUGUUAAAUCUCAAUUACAAACAUAGAUAAAAACGUGAAGAAGCA